GCCCAAAGAGCAGGUUAGCCGAAUCACGACGCUUGCAGCACGCGCCCGUCUGGUUAAUAUUACAAGCAUGGGAGGAAGUAAAUAAAAGGUCUCAAACUGGAUUUGUGGGUGAGGAUCCUCCAUGCUCAGCUGUCAGCAGUCGGAGUUGUAGGUACAGGCACAGUGUAACAUGGAGGAUUCCAUCGAGGUGAUCCUUCAGGACCCUGGCUGGUUCCUGCCUCAUUACCGGGAUAAUUCCCUCUUAGCCACACUGGGCGGAGCCGCUCUUACGGCCUCCUACGGCCUGUGGACAAUGUUCGUGCUGCCUGGCUUUCGAAAGGUCCCCAUGAGGUUAAAGGUCCCUUACUUGCCUUCAAGUGCAAAGCAGACAGCAAAUGUCAUGAAACUGUUGGAGGGCCGACGGGGUAGGCUGGCAGAUCUGGGAUCAGGUGAUGGAAGACUGGUGUUUGCAGCCUGUUCUGCGGGCUUCCAAUGUACAGGCUUUGAAAUAAACUCCAUACUGCUAGCAUACUCCAGAAGAAAGGCCAAAUGGAAAGGGAUCCCGCCCACCCAGGUCAACUUUGUCAGCAAAGACUUCUGGACGAGUGAUGUUUCAAAGUACAGAAAUGUGACAGUAUUUUUAGCCCCCGGUGUGAUGGAGGAGCUCGGGGAGAAGUUAAUAAGAGAAUUGCCCAGAGAGUCACAAGUCAUCGCCUGCCGCUUUUCCUUCCUGACCUGGCCCUCAGCUUCCACUGAGGGCUCUGGGCUGGACCAGGUCUGGGCCUAUGACAUCGACAGUAUCCGCAGGCUUGCGCCUGUAAUGUCAAAACCAUCCACACUACCUGCAAAGCUCCAUUUUUAACCUAUACAGCAUCUGCACUGUUCCCCUCAAAUCAGACCUGUGAUCAAGAUUUACUCUAAACUAAGAGCAAAAACAAUAAGCUGAGUGUGUAUUUAUAACAUCAUAUAUUUUCAGGAAUGCUUCCUUAACUGUUAUCUGUAUUCACAUCCACAUCCAGCAUGUACAAAGGCAUGUGUAAUUGGUGCAUGGGUCACAUUAUGGGUGCUCUGUGUAAGGCAUUUUCCCUUCAAUACACCUGUCAGUGUGUUACGCAAAAUGGUCACACAAAGUAAUAAACCAAGCCUAAGCAAAAUAAAGGUUUUGUAUCCUGCUUGUUAA